UUGAAGUACCUAAUUCUUUAAGAUCUGACAAAAUAUUUUAGUAGGUUAAAAUGGUUUUUAAAUGUAGUUUUCCUGUGGAAAUUCCCUUAGUGCUAUGUAGUCUUAGUUAAAAUUUACUACGUCAAAUUUCAUCCAGUCUGUUCAUAUAUAGAACCUGUUAUGUGAUAUUAGAGUAUGAUAAAUCAAAAUGUGAACAACUAGGAAAUAAAAGGAAUAAUCUUACCGAAUGGCUAGAGCCGUUAGUUCAACCGACGGUUAAUAAUAUCGAAACUAUUAUGAGGAUCUCUGAGUCAAUUUUGCCAAUUAUUCUCAGCCUCUUUAUUGGAACGUUAUCAGAUAGACUUGGGCGAAAGCCGUUCCUGGUGAUAGGCAUUACAGGAAUCACAAUACAUACUAUUCUAAAUACUUUUGUUGCGUACUACGACAAUCUUUCACCUUGGUAUUUUAUUGUUACUUCACUACCAGGAACUUUAGUGGGAGGUUUCAGUACAACAUUUCUUAUUAUUGCUCUUUAUCUGGCAGAUACUACGACACCGAAGAAGAGGGCCAUGAGAAUGGGAUUUUUUGAAGUAGGGAUGGCUUCAUCAUUCAUAAUUGGCAGUCUUUGUUCCUCUUAUCUGUUCUAUGCUACUAGUUACGUAACUAUAUAUACAAUUUCAACUUCAUUGAUGUGCGUAAGUCUUUUGUAUAUUAUAUUUUUGGUACCUGAAUCUCUCAAAGUUGAAAAAAAGAUGCCUUCUUUAAGAGAAUUGAUGUCUGAUAUAAAUAUUAAAGAAAUUCUUAGAGUUCCGUUUAAGAAGAGGGAAGGUAACACAAGAUAUUACAUUCUUACCCUUAUGGGGAUACUUGUCGUUUAUAGCUUUGUUAUUGGAGGAGAUGUAUCAUUAAGAACCCACUUUUUGCGACAAAAGGUUCAUUGGACAUUGUCCCAAAUUACUAAUGCCUCGGUCUAUAGCCGUGUCUUACUGAUUUUAGGAACAAUAUUUGGAACUACAAUAUUAUACAAGAAGCUUAAAAUGAAAGAACUUCAACUUGUUAUUUUGUCACUCGUACUGUACAUUAUUACGUGUAUUCUUUAUGGAUUAGCAACUAGUGAUAUUUACAUAUAUGCAGCUUUUACAUGCCGAUGUUUUGGUGGACUAAUACAAUCAAUGGUUCGAACUUUGAUAUCAUUUAUGGUACCAUCACAUGAAUUAGGAAAAUUAUACGCUACUUCUUCUGCUAUAGACAGUGUAGCGCAACUAGUGUCUUCGAGCGUUUAUCCCCAAAUAUAUAAUGCUACCAUUAACACAAACAGUGGUCUCUUCUAUUUUGUCAAUGUGGGAAUUUAUGGCAUAUUGGUGCUAGUUAUCUUAAACCUGAUGAGGUUUGAAAUGCCGAAGGCAAUUGAGAGUGAUAGCCAUGUGGUAGCAUAGUUUAACGACAAAGAAUCAGCUCACUCUCGAAUUUUGACGGUUCCAAUUUUGCAAUCCACUCCUGAGUCAAAAUUUUUAAUGCGCGACGGUAACGACCAAUCACGGCAAAUGCCCGUAGAUAAUGACCAAUCACGGCAAUCGUAGGAUGCCGUUAGCUGUCAUUCUUCUGCGCGAAACGCAAAAGUAUUUUUUGACUUUGAUAUAACAUUUGGUCAUCAAAAUGGAACAUAGAGACCAAAGGAUUUUUCGAAGAGUAACCCUAUUGAUUCUUUAGCAUUAUACUCUGUUGAUAGUGAGAUAGGAUCUAGAGAAGAAAAAGUUAUGGAAACUAAGGAAAAACUACGUGAAAUAUAAAAUUUAUAUUAUAACUCGGUGGAUUACUAUCAUGGAUGAAUAGGGGAUGUUUAAUAUGUUCUGUGAACAAAUUCUCUCUCUGAUUUAAAUAAUAUGCAUUAAUUUUUUAAAUUAUACCUUAAAA